UGUUUUUAAUGUUGUUGUGUUGUGCUCUUAGAAGAGUUUAGUGGUUCGGCUUUUUAGAAAGACUAUGGAUUUUGGUGUGUCAACGAAAUCCACUGGCCCACUUAUAGGGUUUGAUUUUUUUUUUUUUCUUUUUUAUUUCUAAGCCCAUUUACGUGUUAAAAAGAAACUAAACAGUCCAACAACAAACAGAGGUCUACAAACAGUAAAAGAUAAGAAAAGUUAUUUAAACGGUGUGUUUUAAUAAAGGGAGUCAUCGUCUUCUUCAUCUAACCUAAACCUAAAAAAUCCAGAAACGGCAGAAAAUUUUCCACACUUCCUAGCUUUGCUUGAAUCGUUUGCCCUUGAUGUCUGAUGAGUGAGUGUCGUUUGCCCCUGAUCUGUACCUGAGGGUGGGCAACCAGGAAAUCAGGGAAUUUUCUACAACGGUAAGAAAUUUUUUUGUGUUGGUUUUAUUUUGUGCAGUAUUUUUGUAAGCUUCUCAAUACACAAGAUUUUGGGGCCGUUUUCGGGGAUUGCUAAGCGGUUGAGUUUGUAAGCACUGCAAAAAAUGAAAUCUGCUAACCUGCGCUCGAGCGUAGAAGGAGUGCGCACAAGCGCACCUUAUCGAAAGGAACUCCGAUUUGUUAAGAGUGCGUAACACUGAGACAAUGGCCAGAGAACGACCCCUGAGAGAUCACUUUUUCCCAACUUACACUUUCUCCUCAUGUAUUCAGCUACCAGAGGUCACGGUAGAUCAUUAUGAAAUUGAGCCUAGCACUAUUCAAAGCCUGCCAUCUUUUCUUGGACUUGAUGAUGAGAAUCCUUACAAGCUCUUGGAUGAGUUCCUGAAAAUAUGUUCUACCAUUGAAAUACAAGGAUUCACUGAGGAUGAUUUAAGAUUGCGUCUCUUCCCCUUUACCCUCAAAGACAAAGCCAAACGUUGGUUUUAUUGCUUGAGUCCCAACACCAUCACUUCUUGGGAUCAGAUGCAGCAAACAUUCCUAAAGAGGUACUUUCCCAAAAGCAAAACGAUCCAAAUUAGGCGAGCGAUCAUGGGUUUCUCCCAAUAUGAGGGAGAGCAAUUUUAUGAAACUUGGAAGAGACUAAAGGACCUUCUUAAGAUAUGUCCACACCACGAUAUUCCGAAAUGCCAGCUGGUGCAAUACUUUUAUGAUGGCUUAACCGAACCUCAUCAACAAAUGGUUGACGCCUCAUGUGGAGGAACAAUCAUGAUGAAGACUGAGAAUGAAGCAUGGACCCUUUUUGAAACCUUGAGUGAAAAUUAUGUACAACACGCUUCCAUAAGUAAAAUGAAGCAAAUUCUGCAAGCGAUCAUGGGUUUCUCCCAAUAUGAGGGAGAGCAAUUUUAUGAGGCUUGGGAGAGACUAAUGGACCUUCUUAGGAUGUGCCCGGACCACGCUAUUCCGAAAUGGCGGCUGGUUCUAUGCUUCUAUGGUGGCUUAACCGAGCCUCAUAGACAAAUGGUUGACACUUCAUGUGGAGGAACAAUCAUGAUGAAGAAUGAGGAAGAAGCAUGGACCCUUAUUGAAAAAUUGAGUGAAAAUUCUGAACAACAUGCUAGUUUUAGGACACCUGUCUCUAGAGCUCCUAAAUCCGAAGGACUUUGUCAACUAGGUAAUAUGACAGAUGUGAUCGCCAAGCUAGACGCAUUAUCUCAGAAGUUAGAUCAAAUCAUGGCAGUUGGUUCGACUCCUUCCCAUCAUCCUUCCAGACCGCAUGAAGCAUGUUCCUUAGUACAAUUUUCUGAGCUUUCACAUGAGCAAGUGAACUCAACUUUUUCCAGAUCGAAUAAUGAUCCAUACUCCAAUUCAUAUAACUCGGAAUGGAGAAACCACCCCAAUUUGUCAGAUGUGACCGCCAAGGUAGACGCAUUAUCUCAGAAGUUAGAUCAAGUCAUUGCAGUUGGUUCGACUCCUUGCAAUCAUCCUUCCACACCGCAUGAGGCAUGUUCAUUCUGCUUUAGCCCCUUGCACCAUGAAAAUGAUUGUCCCACAUUAGGACAAUUUUCUAAGCUUUCACAUGAGCAAGUGAACUCAACUUUUGCCAGAUCGGGUAAUGAUCCAUACUCCAAUUCAUAUAACUUGGAAUGGAGAAACCACCCCAAUUUCUCAUGGCGAGGUGAAGCCUUGGGAAAUUUAGCUCGACCUCAUGGACUGCAUAAUCAAGCACAUUCGCAGCCCUUCAACCAAUCCUUCAACCCAUCUCCCAACUAUCGUCCUCCUCAACAACAAUACCAACUUGAACCACCCAUCUCCCAAUUAUCGUCCUCCUCAACAACAAUCCCAACUUGAACCACCCCCUCCUCACAUUCUAAGUUUUUUUCUUUUCUUUUCCUUGGGGCACGCUACACCUAUUUAUGACGAUGUGUUCUCACGUGCCUUUUCUGAUCCAAAAUAAGGGUUGGAGAACAAAUUUGCUAAAGAAAAUGGACUCUUAUGCCACCGCAUGGAGAACAUUUAUCUACUAGCUAGUGCACAAUGCGCGCCUCACAGCUGAUGUCGAGAGACUUCAAUUCAGGCACCAUUCCUCCACCAGCUUGAUCUCCAAGCAGAUUUUCGUUUUUGUUGUUUACUUUAUUUUUGUAUAUAUAUGACACUGUGUGUUUU